AUGGUUCACGCAGACAUCAUGACGCGUGGUGAGGCAGACUUCGAUCUGUAUAUGUACAACCCCUCUGCUACCGCUGGAUGGAUUUUUGUUGCUCUGUUUGGCAUCUGCACACUGGUACAUCUAUUCUAUAUCUUCAGCCUCCGAGCUUGGUUUUUCAUCCCAUUUGUCCUUGGCUGCAUUGGUAUGUCAUUCAUCGAGCUGCCCAAUCCAGUGAACCGAGCCCCCAUGGAACUAACUUCCAAUAUCGUAGGCGAGACUUUUGGUUAUUACGGCCGCGCAUGGUCCCACAACAAUAUUCGUGAUGGCACUCCCUACCUGAUACAAAUGAUGCUUAUUCUUGGAUCAGCUCCGUUGCUGGCAGCUAGUAUAUACAUGACUCUGGGUCGUUAUAUCCGCGCCCUUGACGCCGAACACCACGCCAUAAUCCGCACUCGAUGGCUUACAAAGAUUUACGUUGCGAUCGAUAUCAUAAGUUUCGUCUGUCAGAUCAUGGGAUCUGCCGCCCAAGCAAGUGGAAAUGCAGAGGGUAUGGAGACUGGCAUCCAUUUGGUCCUUGGUGGACUUGGAUUUCAAUUGGUUGCAUUUUUAUGUUUCAUUGCCAUGAGUGCAGUUUUGCAAAUACGGCUUCAAAGUUCUCCAACUGAACCCUCAGCAAGGUUCUUUGUAAGUUGGAAAAAUCAUAUGUGGGCUCUCUACCUUGUUAGUGUACUUGUUUUUGUUCGCAGCUUGUACCGAUUUAUCGAGUUUGCAGCAGGUGCUGGUACAAUAAUGGUGAACAGCGAGGUGUGUCUCUACCUUUUUGAUGCAUCUUUGUUCUUUUUGGUUGCUGUUUGCCUUGCAGUCGUUCAUCCUGCAAGUCUCAUCAAAUCUAUCGCUGUCAAGCAAGGCGAAAGACUGAUCAGAGAUUCGGAAUCUUACAUCCCAUUGCAUGGACGCAAUUAA